CAGUAUAAUACAGUAAUGAACAGUUAUAACGUAGAUUUUUUUGUGUGUCGAAUGGAAAUUUUCUUUUCUUUUUUCUUUACUGUUUUAAUGAUUUAUGGUUUAUUUUACCGCAUUGAAAUCACAGCACAGACUCAAAAGCCCAUGAUACGGCGAAUUAUGUGUAGUAUGAAUAUGAAAAAAAAAAUAAUAAUCUGAUCGUUAAGCUUUUACACACAGCUAACAUCUUCCAAGCAGCUCACGUGUGGGUCACCUAUGGACAGGUUUCCAAUUACGCCAUCUUGUGUGUCAUAGAGGUCAGAGAACAGAGGUACUCCGGUUUCCCCCCACAUCCCAAAAAGAUGAAGAGAAGCCAGCUGGAGACCAGUUCAGGGUGUAUCUCGCCUCUCGCCCAAAGAUACCGGGAUAGAUGUCCUCUGCAUCAACAACUCUGCAGUUCACCUCCGAGUUCAGCACCAUGGACAGAGAGAUUGAAGAGAUUUGGAGUACAACACAUAUUGCGAUGGCAGAGCCCAACUUCCCGCCACUGCCCGGCUUCAUUCCGCUCAAGCCGUGCUUCUACCAGGACUUUGAAGAGAUUCCCGAGCAGCACCGCAGCCUGUGCAAGAAAAUGUACCACCUGUGGAUGUUUAAUGGCGCCACGCUGGCUGUGAAUCUCGUGGGCUGCUUCGCUUGGAUGUUCGGAGGAGGGGGCGUGACCAAUUUUGGCCUGUCAAUCAUAUGGCUACUCAUGUUCACGCCUUGCUCGUAUGUGUGCUGGUUCCGGCCCAUUUACAAGGCUUUCAGGAGUGACAGUUCGUUCAACUACAUGCUGUUCUUCUUCGUGUUCAUGGCUCAAGUGGGCAUCAGCAUCAUUCAAAGCAUCGGCAUCCCGGGAUGGGGAGUGUGCGGCUGGUUGGCCACGAUCUCCUUCUUCAGUUACAAUAUAUUAAUAGCUCUGAUUAUGUUAGUGCCUACCGUCAUGUUCACUGCCGUGGCCUCGUUGUCUUUCAUCGCCCUCACUAAGAUCCACAACUUCUACCGCGGGAGCGGGGGCAGCAUGACUAAAGCGCAGGAGGAGUGGACCACGGGGGCCUGGAAGAACCCCCACGUCCAGCAGGCCGCAAUCGGGGCGGCCAGCGGCGCCAUGCAGGAUCAGUACUCGGCCCCCCAGUACAACGACAACCAGAUGUAAGACGCAGGAGACGCAUUAGUCACGCUCCCAUUGGGCCCAAAGUUUGAAGGGUAGCCUCAUCCUUCAGCUCGCUCAAAUUGGAAAUGAAUGAGUCGGUGUGUUUUUAAGCCACCUCAUCAUGUGGCAAACAAAUAAAAAUCAUUUUAUAUCUUUUAACAUGAAUUAAAAUGAAUCCUUACAUAUUUCCGGUUUGGAAUUUGCAAAUUUGCCAGUUGGCAGAUUUUUUAUUUGGGACCUAUUCUCCACUGUUAGCUGAAAAACUCAUCUAUUGGCUGCUUUUGUGCUUUGGUCAAAUCAUUAAUUGUCAUCUGGUGCCACCUUGGGGGCAAAAAAUGUUGACGUGAGUUGAGGAGCUUCAUGUGGGAUUUUCGUUGUUCACAGCAGGGCUCAGUCCCCCAUACUUGCGAAUGGCGGGCUUCACUGUAAUUGCUGAAAAUGACUUGACAUUGAUGCCACUCCCAAUUAAUAAUUGUGGUUGGUGACCCGCAAAGGUCAUUUGAAACUCUGACAGCAAUCACAAAUACUGUACCAAAAUAAAUAAAUACAUAUAUAUGUGUUUAUUGUAUUUAACUGUUGUACAGUGAUUGCAUCAACCAAAGAGAAAAAAUGUUAUACUGUAAGAUUUUGAACUCCAUGUGGAAUGAAAAAUAAGAUAUUUUUGAUGUUAGGUCAGGAUGAUUUUUCAUCUCUAUGCAGUUUGCCACUUUCUUUUUUUUUUUUUUUUAUGCUGUGAAAUUACGCAGUGUUCCAAUACCCCAAAGGAAUGUUAUGGCCACGCUGUUAAGAAUAAGAAGCAACUCACCCAUUUUUGUCUGGGUUUGAAAAAUAUAUAUACUGUAUAUACAAAAUAUGACACAAAUUUAUAUUCAUAAUUCAUAAUUAUUAGAAUGAAGUCAAAGUAUUGCAAAGACCUGUCCUAAUAGGGUAAAAGUGUUUUAACCAUUAUACUCAUAACAAAAACUCUCAGUUUUACAUUCAUCCAUCAAUUUUCUGAACCGCUUAUCCUCACGAGGGUUGCGGGAGUGCUGGAGCCUAUCCCGGCUAUCUUAGGGCAGGAAGUAAGGUGCACUCUGAACUCGUUGCCAGCAUCACAUUUUUUAGGAGAAUAAAGUGGAUGCAUAUUAGUAUGGUAAAGUUAUACAAUGAGAAAAAAAUUGGAACGUUCAAGUCAUAAAAACUCUCUAUUUUAAAGUAACUGUUAAAGACAAGUACGGCAUGAUGGGUCAGCUGGAAAGCAUUGGCCUCACAGUUCUGAGGACCCGGGUUCAAUCCCGGCCCCGCCUGUGUGGAGUUUGCAUGUUCUCCACGUGGCUCCGUGGGUUUUCAUCGGGCACUCCGGUUUCCUCCAACAUCCCAAAUUCAUACAAGAUUAAUUGGACACUCUAAAUUGCCCCGAGGUGUGAUUGC